CGUUUGCACGCUUUUUUUAUUAUCUAUCAAAUGGCUGAGAAUGUGGCAUUGGACCGAUCAAUAUAACGAUAGAGUUUGCCCUAACAAAAGUUUGUUCAUCUAUUUAAUCUCUCCCUAUUUGAUCUUGCAUCAACCCUAGUCUUCAAUCAUCAUUUUGUGCCAAACAGAAUAGAAAUAGACAUCAAGAAAAAAAGAAAAGAAAAGAAAAGAAAAGAAAAUGGUCUUCUGCACUCGUGCAAGGAAAUCUCUGAAGUCAGUUUCCUUCUCCGGGCAUCCAACUUUCAAAUUUCAGUUUGUCUCUUUGUCUUCUCCUUGGAUUCAUCCUUCGCCAUGACCGCCGAGUUCCAUCCUAGGGUUUUUACCCUUGUACCUUUCGAGGGUUUUUGUCCCGACGGAGUUUCCUUGUUCAUCUCAUUGUUGGAUUACUGAGAAGUGAGCCAGUUUUGGGAGUUUGGGUGCGGAAGAAGAAGGGGGAAGAGUAAGGGGGACGUGAAGAUGAUCACGGAGAAGCCAAGCUGGGUUAGGCAUGAGGGUAUGCAAAUCUUCUCGAUUGACAUCCAGGUGGGUAGUCUCCGGUUCGCAACUGGCGGGGGAGACCACAAGGUCCGGAUAUGGAAUAUGAAAUCAGUGGGCAGGGAUGGCGACAGUGACCAAUCACAGAGACUGCUAGCGACUCUUUGGGAUCACUUUGGAUCAGUCAAUUGCGUUAGGUGGGCUAAGCAUGGCUGCUUUCUCGCAUCCGGGUCUGAUGAUCAAGUGAUUCUUGUAUAUGAGAGAAAACCUGGGUCAGGUACAACAGAAUUCGGUAGUGGACAACCACCAGAUGUGGAGAAUUGGAAAGUAGCAAUGACGUUAAGGGGUCAUACUGCUGAUGUGGUUGAUCUUAAUUGGUCACCAGAUGAUUUAACAUUGGCCAGUGGCAGUUUGGAUAACACCAUUCAUAUCUGGAAUAUGACCAAUGGCAUCUGCACUGCAGUUUUGCGGGGCCAUUCUAGCUUAGUCAAAGGGGUUUCAUGGGAUCCUAUUGGAACGUUUAUAGCCAGCCAAUCUGAUGACAAGACUGUCAUUAUCUGGCGCACAAGUGAUUGGAGUCUUGCUCACAAGACUGAUGGGCAUUGGGCAAAAUCACUUGGUUCAACGUUUUUUAGAAGGCUUGGGUGGUCCCCAUGUGGCCAUUUUAUAACUACCACUCAUGGCUUUCAGAAACCGAGACACUCAGCCCCAGUGCUUGAAAGAGGAGAAUGGUCUGCUACUUUUGACUUUCUAGGUCACAAUGCACCAAUUAUUGUAGUGAAAUUCAACCAUUAUAUGUUCCGGAAACAUUUUUCAAAUGUACAGGAAGUUAAGGUUGCAUCCACUGGGUGGACAAAUGGGACUUCUAAAAAUACAGGAAAGGAGCAUCAACCUUACAAUGUGAUUGCCAUUGGAAGCCAAGACCGAACAAUAACUGUUUGGACUACUGCUAGUGCUCGUCCGCUGUUUGUUGCCAAGCAUUUUUUCACACAAAGUGUGGUUGACCUUUCAUGGAGCUCGGAUGGAUAUGCGCUCUUUGCGUGUUCCUUAGAUGGCUCUGUGGCUACUUUCCAUUUCGAAGUGAAGGAACUUGGACAAAGACUAACUGAUGCUGAAUUGGAUGAGUUAAAGAGAAGCCGAUAUGGUGAUGCCAGAGGAAGGCAAGCUACUGUAGCUGAAAGCCCUGCUCAAUUGCUGCUAGAAGCAGUUGCUGCUAAGCAAUCAGCUAGCAAAAAAGGACCCUCUGUUUUUCAACAAAGUCAAUCAAUUAAGACUUCUACAGAUCCUGUGAAUCAAAUCAUUAACCAGCCAAUGACAAAGGCCCCUGAAAUGCUUGCUGAUGAUGCUAAAAAAAUUGCAAUGUCUGCCAAUGACUCUUUGAAUAAAGCAUCAGCUGGUCGGAUAUCCAGUCCUGUUAAGCAGAGAGAAUACAGACGUCCUGAUGGACGGAAAAGAAUAAUUCCAGAAGCCUUGGGUGUUUCUUCACAUCAGGAAAACAUUUCUGGCACUGUCCAAGUUGCUGACUUCCCUUCCUUGACAUCAGAACAUCAGAAGGAUCACUGCCGACAGAUACCUGCUGACAAUGGAGUUAAAGAAGUUUCAUUCAAGAAACCAUUCAACGCCAACACUGAUGUGACUGAUGGCACUGUGAAGUGCAACAACAUUGGAUCUAAGGAACGUUCUGGUAUCACUGCGAGGGCAAAUAUUCAUGAAAGUUUAGUUAUUGAGAAGGUACCAGCCUUGGCUAACACAGAUGGUAGAAUGCAUGUCGAACCUUCAGGACAUCUGGGCAUGCCAGGUUCCCUUGCUUCAUGUAGUGCUCUUUCUAUUCGAGUCUUCAAUAAGAAAGAUGAUGAUGAUAGCUUGCCUAUAUGCUUGGAAGCCAAAGCUGUAGAACGAUCUAUGAAUGACAUGAUAGGUGUGGGCAAUGCAUUUUUGACUAAGGAAACUGAGAUUACUUGUACAAGGGGCACUCUAAUUCUUUGGUCUGACCGCAUAUGUGGCAAAGUUACUGUCUUGGCUGGAAAUGCUAAUUUUUGGGCAGUUGGUUGUGAAGAUGGCUCUUUACAGGUCUAUACAAAAUGUGGAAGGCGCUCCAUGCCUGCCAUGAUGAUGGGAUCUGCAGCAGUUUUUAUAGACUGUAGCGAGUACUGGGAACUGCUUCUAGUCACAAAGAGGGGAUUAAUGUAUGUUUGGGAUCUUUUUAACAGAUCAUGUAUUCUUCAUGACUCUUUAGCUUCUCUGGUUUCUUCAAGGGAGGAGACUCCAUUAAAAGAUGCUGGUACAAUCAGAGUUAUAUCUGCAAGGUUUUCAAAAUCUGGGUCACCCCUUGUUGUUCUUGCAUCUCGUCAUGCAUUUCUUUUUGAUAUGGGCAUGAAGUGUUGGCUGAGGAUAGCCGAUGACUGCUUUCCUGCUUCAAAUUUUGCAAGCUCUUUUAGCUUGAGUUCUAUUCAUAGUGGUGAACUCGGUAAUUUGCAAGUUGAUGUUGGAAAAUUUAUCUCACGAAAACCAACUUGGACUAGGGUGACGGAUGAUGGGGUGCAAACACGUGCUCAUUUGGAAACCCAGCUUGCAUCUGCACUGGCUUUGAAGUCACCUAACGAAUACCGUCAAUGCCUUCUUGCUUAUGUAAGGUUUCUAGCAAGGGAAGCAGAUGAAUCCCGCUUGCGUGAAGUUUGUGAGAGCUUUCUUGGCCCUCCAACAGGCAUGGUUGAAGCUGCAUCCUCUGAUACAAAGACAUGGGAUCCUAGUGUUCUAGGAAUGAAGAAGCAAAAACUUCUUAGGGAAGACAUCCUUCCAGCCAUGGCAUCAAAUCGAAAAGUCCAGCGGCUGCUAAAUGAGUUCAUGGAUCUCUUAUCUGAAUAUGACGCCGUUGAAGCUAACUCUGACCAAAUGGAAUUCGUAACAACAACAAAGGAUGCCAAACUCUAGAGUAUUGCUUAGGUUUCAAAUCAACCUUGUUCAACAAUCAGCAAGCUUUUAGUUUUUAUGUAGGAUAUGCAUAGCAAUAUAGAGGAAGCCAGUUAUUUUUCCCCCUCCUGACACUAGAAUGCCAUCCUUGCUCCUCAACACAAAAUGAGAUUUCUCAUAACACCUUAAUCUUCAUGUAACAGUUGAUUUUCCAAAGACAAGAUUUUUUUUUUCUUUUUUUGGUAUGAAUAGGAAAAAUCUGUAGAAAUAGUUUCAAUUAAAACCUAACCUUGUCAUGCUUUUUGUCAAUCUAUAUUAAUUUGAUCCGCUGUAUUUAUGACUGUAAUGAUUGAAGAGGAAAAUGCAUUUGUUUUGUUAUGUGGUAGACCUGCAAAUUGUGCAGCUGAAAAUGUUGUAAAUUUUAACGUUGUCUUAUGCUAUUAGAUGUACUUCGAACUUGCCUGAA